CCGGUUCCGGCGGGCGGUUCCGGUUCCGGCGGGCGGCAUGGCGCGCAGCACGCUCUCCUCGCGCUUCCGCCGCCUCGAUAUCGACCAGUACGACGAGAACCGGUUCGUGGAGGAGCCCGAGGAGGCGGCGGCGGCCGAGCCCGACGCCAGCCCCGAGGCGGAGGCGCUGCUGAGGCAAGGGGACGCGCUGCGCGCCCUGCACACCGCGCUGAGGGGCUGCCCGCCGCACGGCCGCGGCCCGGCCGCCAAGGAGCAGGCCCAGGGAACCAUGCUGAGAGUCCUCACGGCUUUUAAAAGCAGUGAAAUAGAACAAGCAGUGAACUCCUUAGACAGGAAUGGCGUUGACUUGUUAAUGAAAUACAUUUAUAAAGGAUUUGAAAAGCCAACAGAGAAUAGCAGUGCAAUAUUACUCCAGUGGCAUGAAAAGGCAUUAGCAGUAGGUGGACUAGGUUCCAUAGUAAGAGUUCUUACUGCAAGAAAGACUGUUUAAAAGACUAUUAACUUGAACCCAGACGACGAUCAGUUUUGGACUCAGAAGAAGGAAUUAGCUCAACUGACACUGGUCCACCUUUAUUAGAGAAUGCAAUCUACUGACAUACUAUGGAAACCUCCUCUUGGAAUGCUUUUAACCUUAGAGGUGGGGGGCAAGUAAAGGUAUUCCUGCAUAUUCCGACUAUCACACACAGGAGCCAAGAUGUUCUCCUGAUCCCUUCUUUCAAAGGCAGAGAGAAGACACUCCUGCCUCCUGUCACUGUCAGUGAGCAGGUAUUUUCAAGAUGCUGCUUUAUCGAGGUGUGGUGAUGCAAGAUCCUGUGUCCUCCUUAUUUAAGAGGUAGCUUUGUCCUUGGCAGAUGCAAGAUCCCAAGAGCUUAUGGGCAGAAGUGUUAAUGAGAGUGGUGGUUCUGGACAUACAGUUGAAGGACGAGCUGGACUGUAGGUGGUUUCAGUGUAAAGUGCCUGCUGCAUCAAUAAAGUUCUUGGAUCACAUGAA